ACUUGUUUUAUUUCAAUCCACCCACCAUUUCUCUUACCAUUUCCAUCCCCAAAAAACACAAACUAGGGCUUUACUUCUCCCUGCAAUUUCUCUCUCCAUCCAAGAUCUUCAAUUUUAUAUCAUUUCAUCUAUAGAUCGAAAGAAGCUUCAAUGGCGCCUGCACUUCCUCAGUUCUACGGUGGAACCAGCACUCUCGCAUUGGUAGCUCGUGUUUCUGCUUUCACCGCUGGAGUUUUAUACGGUAACAUGAAGCUCAAAGUUCUCAAGAUCAAGGCCAAUUCUCAGAAGAAAGCAGAAGCCAAGGAUGCAGCCAAGGCAAGUCACUAAUUGUGCGGAAGAUGAUAACUGGGGGAGGGCGCAUAAACAAGCUCUUUGAUUUUCAGUUCAAUUGAAGGCUUUUGUAGAAUCCAAUAUUCAUAGUUGUCCAUGUUCUUAUUUACAAAUUUUUGUGGCUCAAUGACCAUCAACAUAAUGACAACAAAUUUGUUUUAGUUGCUCGCAAAAAUAUCAUCUUGUAUGAUGAUUUAUCUUUGAUUAAAUGUUAAAUAACAGUUUUUGCAUUGAGCUUUUUGCUGGCCGGCAUUCAUCGAGUUUUCGAGACUAAUAAGUAAUAACAAUGGUGUUUUACGAUCUUUCAUGUCAA